GACAGUACACAAACAUUGACUGACUUCUAAACUACACUGGACUUUCUGGAGACCUGGUUUACGUCUCCACGCGGAAUGGAGGGCAGCAUUAGACCGCUCGGCUUGGCCGGGCAUAGCUCCUCUCCUCUCUCGGUCGGGGGCUUACAGGUGCCCGCUUCCCUUCUGCGCCCUCCACCUCUCUUUCUCCGAGCUGCUGCCUGUAAACCGUCGAUGGAGAGGGGCUACCCCCGAACCCCGAAGUGCGCACGGUGCAGGAACCACGGCGUGGUGUCCGCACUGAAAGGCCACAAGCGCUUCUGCCGUUGGAGAGACUGCGUGUGCGCAAAGUGCACCCUGAUAGCGGAGAGGCAGCGGGUGAUGGCUGCACAGGUGGCACUCAGGAGACAACAGGCGCAGGAGGAGAGCGAGGUCCGGGAGCUCCAGUUCAUGUACACCGGCUCCGGGGCGGGGGAGACCGGACUGACCAUGGCAUCUGGGGUACAACGAUCUGCAAACACUGUGCCAAGAAUAUCGAGUUUUGAUGUUUUUGGAACUGAGGACCAAAAAGACGAUGACAAACUGACCAAGUACAACCUAAACAACGGAUUCAUGGGCCAACCUCUCUAUGCGCCUCACCCCGCACCACUGUCCUCUCCAUUGGGAAAGAACGAUACCUCUCCUGGUCAAGAGAAAAACCGGGCGGUCUUCGACAAGGAGAGUGGCAGUCAGUCGGCUGCUUUUGACCAGCUGUCAGACCACACAGAGAGCCCAAGGUCGCUGUCAUCCUCGGACCUCGAGUCGGGCAGCGAGUCCGAGCGGCCCAAGGACUACCCUUCGCUGGAGAUUACCGCGCCUGGUUGCGCGUCAAAGGACCGGGACCCCACCGAGGUCAUGACCAAGAUAUUCCCCCAUCACAAGCGGAGCACUUUGGAAUCAGUGGUGAAAACUUGCAAAGGGGACAUCGUGAAGGCUAUUGAACUAGUUCUUAGCUCCAAAGAGAAUAAAUGCAACUCGGAUAGCGUCGGUCUAUCUCAGUCUGUUCACUCAAAUGAACCAAGGCCUAAUUUUGGACUUCCAGGGGUAGCAUUGGGGGCUCUGGGUACCAAGUCUGCUUUCUCCCCAUUGCAAACCACGCCAACAUCUGCCUGCGAAAGCAUGUACGGGCUGAAUCCUCGCUUUGGUAUUAAUCCUUUGCGUCUGGCCUACUCAACCGCAGGUGGUGGCAUACCUAAUUUCAUGUCACCGUAUGUGACGUCCGGACUGAUGCCAGUUUUCCCAUUUCGCCCGCCGUUGGACUAUUCUUUCCCGGGCAUGAUGCGAGACCUCUCCUAUCUCCAGAGCAAAGACUCCCUAUGUAACGCUGGCAUAUACACUCGUUUAAAUCAUGAGAAAUAAUUUAGGUUCAACCAACAAAACGUCCAUAGAUAAAAUGCAAAAAAAAAAAAAAACAGUUCGAGUAUGUAUCAACUGCAAUGUAACUUCUUUCCCAGGUUGUCUGAUCGGGGACAGAUUUGAAAUUCGGAUGAGAUGAUGCAAAUGAUGUUGUCACAUGUAUCUUAAAAUGAUUUUACAGUGUUUUACAAUUCCAAUAUAUUUUUGAAAAUGUACAUUUUGUAAAGU